AUUCAAUCGUACACCGGUUUGUGCGCUCUCCUCUAUAGUUAUCUCUCUCAGCUGAAUGCAGAUUCGAAGAACGGACAUCGAUUGUGCCUCGUCGUUACCACGGCAACCAAGUAAAGCGUUCAAGAUGGCGUGUUUAUUAGGAGACAGUUUAUUUGAAAUUGACGGACAAGGACCUGCACCUACAAAAGACUAUUACCAGUUUACUGUCACCAAAACCGAGGUGAUUUGGAGGUCGUGGAAGAUAUCCCUGCGAAGUGAGUUCCGGAACGCUAGACCGGGCGAGCUUCGGAUGCAGCAUAAAGACUUCCUGGAAGACAGCCGACUUCAGGGCCAAGUGAGGGUCGUGUACGGGCAGAAAACGUUACGCUAUAGCCAGGCUCUGUGUCGAGGCGAGUUUGACUUCCUGGAGCGGAUGCCGGACGCACUGCUACUGUGCAUCCUCUCCCACCUGGAGCUCGAGGACAUCGCUAGACUGAGACUCACUUCGCGAAGGCUGAGACAGGUGUGUGACUCGGAGGAGUUCUGGGCGCAGGCCGUGUUGAGCAGCUGUGGGCCCCCCUCCCCCCAGGUGUGCUCCCUGGCCCGGGAGCUGGGCUGGAGGCAGGUGUUCUUCACCAGCAAGCUGCAGCUGCAGAAGCUGCUGAGCCGGAGGAGGAGAGGCAGCCCGCGGAGCCCCACGGAGCCCCGCACUGCUGACGCAGUCAGCCUGGCACUCUCAGACAUGGGCCUUGGUUCUGGCCCUGACUCUGGGUCUGGUUCUAGUCCUAGCCCUGGCCCUAGUCCUGACUCUGGGUCUGAUUCUGGGCCUAGCCCUAACUCUGGGUCUGGUUCUAGUCCUAGCCCUGGCCCUAGUCCUGACUCUGGGUCUGAUUCUGGGCCUAGCCCUAACUCUGGGUCUGGUUCUAGUCCUAGCUCUGGCCCUAGUCCUGACUCUGGGACUAGUCCAAGUCCUAGCCCUGGCCCUAGUCCUGACUCUGGGGCUGGUCCUAGCCCUACUCCUAACCUUGAAACUCAGGUGUGGCUUUACGUGGAGGACCAGGGAGGCCAGGAGGGGGAUGCCGACCCCAACCCCAGCCAUAACCUCCCAGGGGAGCAGCUGGCUGGUCUGAGGAAGGGGUCUGGGGUCCAGAGAGAUCCAGGGAACGGCAGAGGAGACUGGAAACGAGACUCAGGAAGAAGACUGAAGUGAGGACAGGUCAUCUCAGACUGUUGAUUCUGACUGGGUCUGACUGGUUCCUGCUUGUUCUGGCUGGACCCUGGUGAUUCUGACUGGUUUCUGCUGGAUCGCACUGGUUAUGACUGGUUCUGAUUGGGCCUGAUACAGAUGUUUGACAUCUGACGUAUUUUUCAUAAUGUUUUUGAAGCCUUUGUAGAGGAUUCAUCAACCAAUUCAUCAUUUGUAAAGAAUAAUUAAGCAAUCACACGUCGAAAAAAUUAUUUCAGUUUUUCUUCCAGUUACCCAUCUUUUUUUUUUUCAUUUGUUCUGUAUGACAACCGUAUUUCUCCUUCUAGUCUUCCUGCAUUAAACAACUUAAAUGUUCGGAUUUAAGUUUGUGUUUUAGUUGCAAUUACAUAUAUAAAACACAUUGCGUGGUAUAUUAAACCCAGUGCAUCAGCGUUGUCAGUAUCGAUCGAAGUUUAGUUAUGCUAUAUAUGCUAUGACCCCUAACAAGCACACGGCAAGGCUGUUGCCUAGCAGCUGUAGAACGGACAGAGACUGUGAACAAAGAGUAUAAGUUAUUUUCUGUGAAUCUGAAUUUCUUUCCUUUCAAAUAGCUGCUAGGCAACAGCUAUGGCCUCAUGAA